GCAGGCCUCGCUUCGCGCAGAGCUCAGAGCGGCACAAGCAGGCGAGCACUAAGACGCAGAGCAGCAUGGACCUCCUCAACGCGGUGUGGCGCUUCUCGGUCGGCGGCGACAAGGACCUGGCGGCGGGCCAGCAGGCGCUCGAGCGCAUCCAGCAGCUCCUGGUCACGGCCAUCGCCAAGUACGACGGCGAGCCGCACGCGCUCACGCGCGAAGAGAUCGCCCCCGUCAAGGCCAUCUGCGACCAGCUCUUCCCAGCCAAUUUCCAGCUCAAGGUGCCAGGAUCCGACGACGACGGCGCGCCGGAGCGCCCCAAGCACGUGCACUACCAGCACGUCUAUGAGGACGAGACGUUCUCCAUCGGGAUCUUCAUCUUGCCGCCGGGCGCGUCGAUCCCUCUGCACGACCACCCGGGCAUGACGGUGGUCUCUCGCAUGCUCUACGGCUCGCUGCACAUCAAGUCGUACGACCUCGUGAAGGACGGCGCUACUACGGCUGCCGUUGGCAAGAAGGUGACAGCACGUCUCCAAGCAGACGAGGUGCUCACGGCCCCGCACACGACGGAGCUGCUCCCCGACUGCGGCAACCUCCACCACCUCGUGGGCGGCGACGACACCGGCUGCGCGUUCCUCGACAUCAUCACGCCGCCCUACGACUCGAACGACGGGCGCGACUGCACCUACUUCCGCGUCGUCGACUCGGCCGACAGCCACGAGAACAACAGCGAGGGGAAGCUCGUCACGCUCGAGACGUUCAACCCGCUGGACUUCGACGUCCUCACAGAGCCGUACCUCGGCCCGCGCCUCCAGCGCUACGUAAGCUAA